CCUGGCCCGCGUCCCCGCCAUGGAGGUGCUGCGGCGCUCCUCGGUCUUCGCCGCCGAGAUCAUGGACGCCUUUGACCGCUCGCCCACCGACAAGGAGCUGGUGGCCCAGGCCAAGGCGCUCGGCCGGGAGUUCGUGCAUGCGCGACUGCUGCGCGCCGGCCUCGCCUGGAACGCGCCCGAACGCGCCGCUCCCGCCCCCGGAGGCCGCCUGGCGGAGGUGUGCGCGGUGCUGCUGCGCCUGGGAGAUGAGCUGGAGCUGAUCCGGCCCAGCAUCUACCGCAACGUGGCUCGUCAGCUGAACAUCUCCCUGCAGUCUGAGACAGUGGUGACCGACGCCUUCCUGGCCGUGGCAGCACAAAUCUUCUCCGCAGGCAUCACGUGGGGCAAGGUGGUGUCCCUGUACUCAGUGGCUGCGGGGCUGGCCGUAGACUGUGUGCGGCAGGCCCAGCCCGCCGUGGUCCACGCUAUCGUCGACUGCCUCGGGGAGUUUGUGCGCAAGACCCUGGCGCCCUGGCUGCGGAGGCGCGGCGGAUGGACCGAUGUCCUCAAGUGUGUGGUCAGCACCGAGCCCGGCUUCCGCUCACACUGGCUGGUGGCCGCACUCUGCAGCUUCGGCCGCUUCCUGAAGGCCGCCUUCUUCGUGCUGUUGCCAGAGAGAUGAGCCGCUGGCUCGGGCAGAGGCCGAAGCCAGGCUCUCCGACCCAGGAGACCCCCGGCCCUCGAAAGCGCCAACGUCCUCCCCAACCAGGCUGGGAACGCUCCGAUCCUCAGAGCCCCGCCUCGGUGCCGGAGGCCCUGCCCUGAGCCCCUCGUCCACAGACCCUGGCCCUCUAGAAGGGGAAGCAGGGGGGGCCUCCCUGGCCUGGAGCUGGGUUUCGGUGCCUUCCCCUGGAACCCCUCCCUGUCCUCUUCCAUCUGGAGCCAUGAAGCCAGGGUCACCAUCCAGGUCCCAAAGGAAGGGGGCUGGGAACGCCAGGCUGUCACUUGAUGCCCGGGUCCCGUCCGUGAAGGGUGACCACGUCAGGACGUGAGCUGGGCCGUGGGCCCUGCACAUCCAGUCGGAAGGAGACCCUGGCCUGGCCAAGGCUGGAGGAGCCGUGGGGUCUUACUGACCUUGUAAACAGGGCAUAGAGCUCAUGUGCUGGUUGCUUAAUCCAUUUCUGGAGGGAGCGCGUGUCCCCCUCCCAUGGCAGGGAGGCUGUGUUGUGGGGACCAGGGGUGUGGGCUCCAAGCCGGCACGCCUGACCUGAGAGCACAGGACCCUGUAAGCAAGAAGGCUGGUGUGUGUGCGUUCAGUCCCAAUAAAGUUUCAUGGCAACGGA